UUCACUAUUUCCGGUCCUACUGCUUUACAUACUACACAAGAUGGCGGCCUGCUUUACCCUUCGGUCCACCGUGCUCGGCAGGGCGCUACGAGGAGCUCUCAGACCGGCACGUCCUGCCGCGGCUGUCGGGCUUAGGUUUGUUUGUAACGCUGCUCCAGAAGAAAACAAGAGGGUCAUAGGCCUAUCAGAAUCUACGGAGGAAUACAAGUUCGUAGAGCGGCUCAUCCCGCCGUCACGGGUCCCCGCUCCGCCUAAACACGCCGGUCCUACCCCGUCUGGCUGGACCCCUCCGGCAGACUCGCCGCCGCCUCUGCCCUACAUGAUCCGCCGCUCCCGCAUGCACAACAUCCCGGUUUACUCCGACCUGACCCACGGCAGCCGCAGGACAACGCUCGUACGGAAAGUGGAGGGGGACAUCUGGGCUCUGGAGAAGGACGUGAAGCAAUAUCUGAAGGAGGUGACGGGGAAAGAGCUGCCCACGCAGGUCAAUGAGGUCACCAUGACAUUAAAAGUCAAAGGUCACUUCGAUACGGAGCUGAAGGAAUGGCUGGCCGGCAAAGGCUUCUGACUGCGGGGAUCCUCAGUCACGCUCAGGGGGCAGAGCUGUCCGUGUGAAGGGGGAGAUGGAGAGGACCACCGCUGGCAGUUCAACGCCUGGAAACAUUGUCCUGCAGUACUUUAAACCCUAUUUCAAUCCACACGGAUGGACAGCUUUGAUUACUGCCAGUUUAUUGAACUUUCUUUAGACACCAGAUAUGUUGAAGUUAUGGGAUCAACCAGUGUACAUACGUGUAUGUAAUGUAAUGAUGGGACAUUAAAUAUAAAAGCAUAGCCCACUU